UAAAGCCCAUAUGGUAUAAACUUGUAGGCCCGUAUAUAGAAUAAAAGGCCCAGUGUAAGUUCUGGAGGAUUUUCAAUAUUUUGUUUACGUCUUCUUUCUUCACUUGUUCUGUGAUUUCGAAGACGAGAAAGGAAAAGCCAUGAAAGAGGCGAAGGAGAAGAAGAAUCCAGAAAUCUCCGUUAGUAUCACGAUAUCAACUUGGGGGGCUUUUGCUGUUUAUGUGAUUACUGGGUUAUUUCUGAUCUUCGGAUUUCACGUGGUCCGUAACAAAUACUCUGUCGAUCUCAUUUCUGAUCCAACUCUCACUCUGCGUCUCCUAUGGAUUAUUGAGUUCCCGAUCGUGGUAAUCAUCUACAGCUUGUUCCGACGAAACCCAGAGAAAUGCUCGUACUUUAGAGCUGUUGGCCGAAGCUUAGUCGGACUAAUUGCCGGUGCUCUUAUAAAUGCUUUGGGAGCUGUUUCUUUGGGUGCACCUAUUGGAAUGCAAUCUCUAUCAAAAACAAUUCACUGGUCCUUUCUAAUGUCUGUUUUCACGGUUGUACCAGCAACUGCAGUUUUAGGUGCAUCAUGGAUAGAUUGGCAUCGUAUCUUUGCUUCACUAAAACCAAUCGGAAUUAUAGAACAUAUGCUCUUAGUUCCAGCAUAUGGAGCAAUUAUUGGAGGAUGGUUUGGAGCUUGGCCUAUGCCACUUGACUGGGAAAGACCAUGGCAGGAAUGGCCUAUAUGUGUGUGUUAUGGAGCUAUAGGAGGCUACAUUGGUGGACAAAUGGUGAGUUUGUUGACUCUUCUCAGCGAACACAAGAAUUUGAAGCUAGCCUAGAAUAGAUUGAUCGUCUCUGGAUCGGCAGAAUGAGUGUCAUUUUGUUUUGACUUGAUUGCUAGAUGGAGAGACAACAAUAGGGCAAAGGUUUUUGUUAGCUUGGACAAAUUUUGUUAUAUUCCACAUCGAAUCAAGUGUUCAAGAGAAUUGCAACAUUCUAAAGUCAACAACGAUCACAGACUUGAAAGACAAAAUUCAGACGAACGUAGGGAAAUUGUAAAUGAUAAUAAGCAUCUCUAUAUACGCAGCCGACAACCGUUAGAAUUUAGAAAACUAACAAAAAUAAAAGGAUAGAAAACUUCUCCUUUUGAAUCAAAAAAGGAAAAGAAAAGAUUCUCCUAUUUUAUUUCUGUUAAAUCUAGAUUUCGUAUGCAAAUAGUUGGGACUGAUGCGAACUUGCGAAGCACAGUAUUUGACUGUACGAGUCAUCUACCACGGCCAGACUCUGUCGGAUGACGUGGCGUGUAAUUAUUGGCUGACAGGACCUCAGUUGUGUCAUCGUUUCACGUAUAUGGUUAAAUGCUGCCAAGUGCAACCUCUGAAACAUGGACCAACGCCGUAAAAAGAUGGCAUACCCGAAACUAGGCGGUGACCAUUGCCUUG